CACGUCGUGUUAGCCUACCCAGUGCGAUUUGCUGCAGAGCGAGCGAGCCGUUGUGGGCCAAUACCUGCGCGAACGAAGCGGACUGACGGCGCUGGCCAAUUCUUGGUGAUAUAAAGACUACUACAGUCGCGGUCCUGGCCUUCGAAAUUCCUCGGAAUGUCGGUUAUGCUCACAAAGUUCGAGUCCAAGAGCAAUCGCGUCAAAGGACUCGCAUUUCAUCCAACCCAACCACUUCUCGCUGCUGCGCUUCACAAUGGUAGUGUGCAACUGUGGAAUUAUCGCAUGGGUGUUUUAGUGGACAGGUUCGAAGAGCACGAAGGUCCCGUGCGAGGCGUCGCCAUCCACCCAACAAGGGCCCUGCUAGUAACUGGUGGUGAUGAUUACAAGAUUAGAGUCUGGGACCUCCGCCCUCAGAAUCGACGAUGCCUCUUUACCCUUCAUGGACAUCUAGACUACGUUCGGACCGUCCAGUUUCACCAUGAAAUGCCAUGGAUCUUGUCUGCAUCCGAUGAUCAAACAAUUCGUAUAUGGAACAGUACAUCGCGCAACUGUAUUGCCAUUCUUACAGGUCACUCACAUUAUGUGAUGUCUGCUCAGUUCCAUCCGAAAGAAGACCUCAUCGUGUCAACAUCGAUGGAUCAAACUGUACGCGUAUGGGAUAUAUCAGGAUUACGCAAAAACACUCCUGGUAGCGGACCCAGCAAUUUCGAGACUUUCGACACUUUCUCGACGGUCAAGUACGUCUUGGAAGGUCAUGAUCGGGGCGUCAAUUUCGCGUCGUUCCACCCAUCGCUUCCCCUAAUAGUCUCUGCUGCUGACGACCGGACGAUUAAAAUCUGGAGAAUGAGUGAAACGAAGGCUUGGGAAGUCGAUUCUUGCAGAGGUCACUUCAACAACGUGUCAAAUGCCCUCUUUCAUCCCAAGCAUGAGUUGAUCGUAUCUUGUGGAGAAGACAAAACCGUUCGCGUCUGGGACCUGGCCAAACGCACUGCCAUUCAGACAUUCCGAAGAGAACACGACCGAUUCUGGGUCCUUGCAGUACAUCCGACCCUUAACUUAUUCGCAGCAGGACAUGACAGCGGCUUGAUAGUGUUCAAGCUAGAACGGGAACGCCCCGCGUUUUCUGUUUAUGCUGAUACCCUCUUCUACGUUCGGGAUAAAUAUGUGCGAGCUUACGAUUUCAACACUGGAUCGGAUAUUGGCCUACUUAGCGUUCGCAAAUUUGGUAGUCCGUAUGUGCCCCCAAGGACCUUGAGCUACAACCCUGCGGAGCGAGCCGUGGUUGUUACUAUAUCCUCGGACAACGGUUUAUACGAGUUGGCUACGCUUCCCACUCAGACGAAUGGUGAAGUCAAGGAUUCCUCUGUUGACGGCAAGCGCGGAGCUGCCCAAAGUGCCAUCUUUGUGGCGAGGAACAGGUUUGCUGUACUACAGAAAACAAACCAAUUGAUUGAGGUCCGCGACUUGUCCAACUCCGUGGUGAAGACAAUCAAGCCUCCUGUGCAAACGAAUGAGAUAUUCUAUGGCGGAACUGCAUGCCUUAUCCUGAGCUCUACGUCAUCCGUCGUUCUGUAUGACCUCCAACAAGAAAAAGUCAUUGCGGAACUGAACAGUCCGCCAGUGAAGUAUAUUACGUGGAGCUCGGAUGGUCAGCUCGUGGCGCUCAUGAGCAAGCAUACUGUGACUAUCGCGAACAAAAACUUUGCUCAAAGUAGUUUGAUUCAUGAAACCAUCCGCAUCAAGUCCGGAGCUUGGGAUGACACGGGAGUGUUCAUAUAUUCCACUCUGAACCACAUCAAAUACUGCCUCCCUCAAGGGGACCAGGGUGUUAUUUGCACACUUGACAACCCUGUUUACCUGACUCGCAUCAAGGGCAAAACUGCAUAUUGCUUGGACCGUUCCGCACGUCCGCGGACCAUCACAUUUGACCCCACCGAGUACCGCUUCAAGCUUGCGUUAUUGCGGAACAAUUACGAGGAAAUGUUACACAUCAUUCGCACGUCGACACUUAUUGGGCAGAGUAUUAUUGCAUAUCUGCAGCAGAAGGGCUUCCCCGAGAUCGCGCUCCAUUUCGUUCAAGACAAAAAUACUCGGUUUGACCUUGCUAUCGAAUGUGGAAACCUUGACGUCGCACUGGAGACCGCCAGAAGUAUUGACAGACCUGAGUGCUGGGAUCGACUAGCACAACAGGCACUCAAACAGGGUAAUCACAAGAUCGUUGAAAAAGCCUUUCAACAAACGAAAAACUUCGAUCGUUUAUCAUUCUUGUACAUGGCUGUCGGCAGCACAGAAAAAUUGUCCAAGAUGCAGAAGAUUGCUGAUGCUCGAGGCGAUCCGAUGUCUAGGUUCCAUAACGCCCUCUACGCGGGCGACGUUCACAAUCGUAUUGCCGUUCUACGUGAUGUCGGCCUUUACUCCUUGGCGUACCUUACUGCAAAAACGAACGGGCUUGAAGACCUGGCGGCGGAUAUUCUCGGAGCCGCAGGGUUGACGGAAGCCGACGUCGAUGAUGUUCCUUCUUUCGGCCAAUCAACACUCAAGCCCCCACCGAUCAUUAACUCUACUCAGAACCUCAAUUGGCCUCUUAUCUCUGGAGCAGAAAGCUUUUGGGACAGAGCCCUUGCGAAUGGACAUCUGGAUAUGGAUGGCGAAAUUCCCCGUGCCAACGGCGCUGAUGCUUCGGGCGGUGCGCUAUCUUCUGCUCUCGACGACUGGGCGAAGGAAGAAGAAACCCACGACGUCAUCGACCCCGAAGAAGGUGGCUGGGAGCUUGACGCCGAUACUGCGGAAACCGAAGAACAGGAGGACGAGUUCGAAGACGCUGUCGACGAGGAAGAUGGUCUUAGUGCGGGAGCUGCACCUGGCGUGAGUGAGACUGAACUUUGGGUUCGCAAUUCGCCAUUUGCCGCGGAUCAUGUUGCAGCCGGUUCUUUCGAGACUGCUAUGCAGCUGCUGAACCGUCAAUUCGGAGUCGUGAAUUUUGCACCUCUCAAGCCUCUAUUCCUAUCGACCUACCGAUCUUCCCACGUCUACCUUACCCCCAUUGCUGCUAUGCCACCAGUGCAACUACACGUGAGACGCAAUCCGUCAGAAAGUUCCGCCAGUCGUGUGUUACCUGUAGCAGCCCGGACACUCGCUACAAUUCGUACCGAGCUGACCGAGGGCUUCCGUUUCGUCUCAGGCAACAAGCUUCAUGACGCCCAAGCCACAUUCAGGUCUGUUCUUCAAGCAUUGCUCUUGGUGACUGUGUCAUCGGAUGCGGACGCAAAGGAGUGGCGAGAUACAGUCACAACUGCUCGGGAAUACCUAUUAGGGGCGUCAAUUGAGCUUGAGCGGCGUCGCGUGAUGCAAGAAGAGCCGGAUAGCGUCCGUCGUGGUCUCGAGCUUGCAGCGUACUUUACACAUUGCCAGCUCCAACCUGCGCAUAUGCAGAUCGCUCUCCGUAGUGCCAUCGGUGUCUUCGCCAAGGCCAACAAUCAUGCAACGGCUGCUAAAUUUGCCAGGCGUCUUUUGGACCUCAACCCUGACCCGAAAAUUGUCGCCCAGGCACGGCAGCGCAUUGCGGCGGGCGAUCGUAACCCGCGGGAUGCUAUCGAGGUUCUCUAUGACGAAUUUACCGAAUUUGAGAUUUGUGCAGCGACAUUCACACCCAUCUACAAGAAGUCGCCCUCGUUGCGCUGUCCGUACACCGAUGCGGCAUACUUGCCAGAACUCAAAGGCAAGCUGGACCCACUGAUUGAGCUGACUGAAAUUGGCGCUGCGGCGACUGGACUGCCUGCCCCGCGAUGAGGAAAUGGACGUUUUAGAUUGGACUAGGGUAGCUUCUCUUGUCAGCGACAAUAAUGCGAUGCUUUUCGAUGACUACAGGCAAUUUUUACAACCUACUCCCUUGUGUGCAUGAUGCGUCAUGUGACUCUGCGUUGGUAUAAAACGCGUCUUCAGUGACCUG